AUGACCUCGUUCAUCGGCCGUCUCCCUGUCUCUGUCGUCUUCGAUACUGAUUCGAGUCGUUGUUUUGUAUCUAUUCCAGUUGCUCAUGACCUCAGUCAUUCAGCGUCAGCACAUGGUUCUCGUUUCUCUGACAUUCUCACAGCUUCCUAUGAUGGCCGUGCGCUCACGACUGACAUUGAGUUUGAGGUCGCGCGCAGUCUUGAUUGUGAUGUUUUUUUUUUGAUUGGGAUGAAUUGGAUUGCUGCGUGGCACGCUGUUGGUCGGGAAGACGAGCAUCCUGCGCACAAUCCUUAUUCUCGCGGCGCAUCUGGAUUGCAAGGUGAUAGUACAUCGUGGUUGAAUCUUUUGUCUAUCGUGCAUGAUAUAUUUUUUGCAUCGUGUCGUUCGGGGGUCCGUUUGGGUCCCUUGUCGUCUGAAGUUGUGUUGCUUGAGCAGGCAUGUGCUCUGCACGGUUUAGACUUCAAGGGUUCAUAUUCCUUGCUCGAGUUGCGAAAAUCGUUGUUGCAACAUCUACUCCACGGGGAAUGCGUCAUUUCGGACACACGCUCCAAGCAUCGUGAUUACACUGCAUGUCGUGAGGUCGCGGCAGGGUUUGGCACGCCUUCGAAUUUAGUCGAGUUCAUACUGGACGAGUUGAUGUCAGCGGAUGCUUCUGUUAUAUCAGGCGGCGACCUUUGGUUUAUUGCGCAGAGUAUUUGUAACGAUUUAGAGUGCACUCACGCUCAAGAAUUACAUCCUAGGCAAGAAGCUAUCAGCAUUCUGAAAAUCUUUCGUAGCCGCAGCGCAUAUGAGCGCGUGUCUCAAACAUUCCAGUCGUUGUUUUCCAAGACAGAGCAUAUGUUCAAGCCUUCUUUGGAAGCUAUAGCGUCUUGGCACGGUUUGUGUUUUGUGGGUACGAAGGAUCAGUUGUUGGAUAGGAUUAUCGACCAUGUAUCGAGGGGUAAAUGUACACUCUAUGCGGCCGAUUCUCGUGUCGCUUGUGCUCAUAUCAGCGAUGAGUUGUGCACCGAGGAUGUUGAUGGCGAUGAUAUCAGGACUCAUAGUUCAAUAGACAGUUUGCAUAGUUCUCCUGACACGAGCCAAGAGGUUGUCAAUCUUCAAAUUCGUGUUUUAAGUUCGUUGCGCAAAACUAUCGCGUGUAAGCCUUUGAUUCGCUUAUUGCGAUUGGAUUUGAUGAAGGAGAAAGUCUUUCGCGCUUGCGCAAACGCCUUAAAACGUAUAUAGACGUUCUUGUCAAGGGUAAGCGAUCUCAGAAUGAAGGCGUUGCAAUGGAGAAGGAGCGGGCUCAAAUGAUGCGUCGGAUUGGCCUCGCAUUGUGUCAGCGGAAAGAAAAGCACGCGUGAUAGAGAUCUUUCGUGAACAAACCUCUUCAGAGGCGCUGGCUACUUUUGUUUGCUUUGCAUGUGCCGCUGAAAGCAAUCGCAAGGAC